UUUUUCAUUAGGUUUCAGAUUAUAGCACCAGUGUUUGAUUCGCGCUCCUGUAAAUCAUGGCACGAGGACCGAAGAAGCAUCUAAAGCGUUUGAACGCCCCGAAACAAUGGAUGUUGGACAAACUUGGAGGAGUGUUCGCUCCUCGUCCGAGCUGUGGGCCGCACAAGUUGCGAGAGUCUUUGCCGCUCACCAUCUUCCUUCAUAACCGGCUCAAGUAUGCUCUUACUGGAGCCGAGGUAAAGAAAAUCCUUAUGCAACGCCUCGUUAAGGUGGACGGCAAAGUCCGAACUGACACCAACUUCCCAGCCGGUUUCAUGGACGUCAUCGCAAUUGAGAGCACGAACGAAUAUUUCCGUCUUCUGUAUGACGUGAAAGGCCGAUUCAAACCACACAGAAUCACCAAGGAAGAGGCCAAGUAUAAGCUGUGCCGCAUCAAGCGCGUACAGUUAGGUCCCAAGGGAAUUCCUUUCUGCGUGACUCACGAUGGCCGAACCAUCCGGUACCCGGACCCAAUUGUCAAGGUCAACGACACCGUUCAACUCGAUAUUGAGAACGUUAAAAUUAUGGAUGUUCUCAAAUUUGAAACUGGAAACAUGUGCAUGAUCACCGGUGGUCACAACUUGGGUCGAGUUGGUGUCAUCGCUAGCCGAGAACGUCACCCGGGUUCUUUUGAUAUUGUGCAUGUCAAGGACGCGACGGGGAAGACUUUCGCGACUCGAUUGAACUACGUGUUCGUGAUUGGCAAGGCCUCGAAGCCCUGGAUUUCCCUGCCGCCUGGCAAGGGCGUCCGUCUCACGAUCGCCGAAGAACGAGACCGUCGGUUGGCCGCCAAGGGAUUCUAAGGCCUCACUCUGCCGCGGUGAAAUGGAACGUGGAUUUGAGAGUUGGUGAAAACAAGCGAGGAAUAAAACUUAAUUCCUGUUGACA